CCGGGGCUCCCCCCUACGUCACCCGGGAUUCCCCCUCGACGUGACGCGCGCCGGGGCUCCGCCCGAAGGCGGGGCCGGGCCCGCCACGCCCCCGCCUAUUUACGUCACUUGCGCCACGUGUCCCCCCCCCCCGAGAGGCGGUGCGGCCGCGCCCCUGGGCGUCGAUUGGCCCCGGCGACGGGAGGAGGGCGCGGAUUGGCGGGGCGGGUGAAUGAACGGGGCACGCGGCGGCGGCGGGAUCCCGGUGCGGCGGCGCGAGGCGGCCCCGGGAGCGCAGCGGCCACCCGGCAGACCCGCGCCGAUCCGCCACCGCCAGCGGCCGGGGCCAUGGGCACGCCCGCGUCGGUAGCGAGCGACCCUCCAGGGCAGACGGCGCCGGCAGCCUGCGGCCGCAAGCGAGCAUCGGCCAACAUCUUCCAGGGCGUGGGGCUCCCGGAGCUGCGGAGCCUGUUCCAGAGCGGCGGGGCCGAGCGGCCCGAGGAGCGCGCCCGCCUCGUCUGGCGGUACGCGGGGCAGCGGCGCAUGGCGCGGGCCCUGCGGCGGCUCCGGCGGCGGACGGCCCGGCCCGGCAGCGGGAUGGCGGCGCUGCGACGCUUCGGCCGCCUGCGGAUUGCGGAGGAGCCAGAGGGCGGCCGCGGGACCCAGGCGCCCUUGGGGUCCACGUACCAGCGCUGACUGGCCGGGCCGCAGAAGAGCAGAGCUGCCGGGCUCUCCGAGGACACUAAGCGCGCCGGACAGGGGUCGAUGUUUAAUAAAAUAAAAAGUGAACGCUG